AGUGGCAGGAGCAGCCUCCGCCCGUCAAGAUGACCUCGCCCUCCAGCCCUCCCACUUUCAGGCUCGAGACAUCAGAUGGAGGCCAAGAAGAUGGUGCCCAGGAGGACACAGGAAAGCUGGGCGGUGGCGCCGGGCCGCCCCCCAUGGAGUCACGGUUCCAGGGCGAGGACCGGAACGCCCCCCCUCAGAUCAGAGUGAACCUCAACUACAGAAAGGGGGCAGGGGCCAGCCAGCCGGACCCAGACCGCUUCAGCCGUGACCGGCUCUUCAGCGUGGUGGCCCGGGGGGCCCCUGAGGAUCUGGCGGGGCUGCCAGAGUACCUGCGCCGGACCAGCAAGUACCUCACGGACGCGGAGUACACAGAGGGCUCCACGGGGAAGACGUGUCUGAUGAAGGCCGUGUUGAACCUUCGGGACGGGGCCAACGCCUGUAUCGAACCGCUGCUGCGCAUUGACCGGGACGCGGGCAAUCCCCGGCCUCUGGUGAACGCCCAGUGCACGGAUGAGUACUUCCGAGGCCACAGCGCCCUGCACAUCGCCAUCGAGAAGAGGAGCCUGCCAUGUGUGAAGCUCCUAGUGGAGCACGGUGCCGAUGUGCAUGCCCGGGCCUGCGGCCAGUUCUUCCAGAAGAAGAGGCAAGAGACCUGCUUCUACUUCGGCGAGCUGCCCCUCUCUCUGGCCGCGUGCACCAAGCAGUGGGACGUAGUGACCUACCUCCUGGAGAAUCCCCACCAGCCCGCCAGCCUGCAGGCCGCUGACUCGCUGGGCAACACGGCCCUGCACGCCUUGGUGAUGAUCGCGGACAACUCGGCUGAGAACACUGCUCUGGUGACCCGCAUGUACGACGGUCUCCUCCAGGCGGGGGCCCGCCUCUGCCCCACGGUGCAGCUCGAGGACAUCCCCAACCUGCAGGGCCUCACCCCGCUGAAGCUGGCCGCCAAGGAGGGCAAAAUCGAGAUUUUCAGACACAUCCUGCAGCGGGAGUUCCCGGGGCCAUGCCAGUCCCUUUCCCGCAAGUUCACGGAGUGGUCCUACGGGCCUGUGCGGGUGUCGCUGUAUGACCUGGCCUCUGUGGACAGCUGGGAGGAGAACUCAGUGCUGGAGAUCAUCGCCUUCCAUUGCCAAAGCCCGCUCCGGCACCGCAUGGUGGUUUUGGAGCCGCUGAACCAGCUGCUGCAGGCGAAGUGGCACCUGCUCCUCCCCAGGUUCCUCCUCAACUUCGUGUGUUACUUGGCCUACGUGUCCGUCUUCACCGCCAUCACCUACCACCAGCCUGCCCUGGAGAAGGACUUCCUCCCCCUGGAAAUGACUGCUGGGAACUCCAUGCUGCUGCUGGGCCACAUCCUGACCCUGCUUGGGGGGGCCAACCUCCUCCUGGGCCAGCUGUGGUACUUCUGGAGGCGCCGUCUCUUCAUCUGGAUCUCAUUCAUGGACAGCUACUUUGAAAUCCUCUUCCUGGUGCAGGCGCUGCUCACCGUGCUGUCCCAGGUGCUGUGCUUCCUGGCCGUCAAGUGGUACCUUCCGCUGCUCGUCUGCGCGCUGGUGCUGGGCUGGCUGAACUUGCUGUACUACACACGCGGCCUGCAGCACACGGGCAUCUACAGUGUCAUGAUCCAGAAGGUCAUUCUGCGGGACCUGCUCCGCUUCCUCCUGGUCUACUUAGUCUUCCUCUUCGGCUUCGCUGUAGCGCUGGUGAGCCUGAGCCGGGAGGCCCAGGACCCCGAGGUCCCUGCGAGCUCCAACGCCACGGAGGCGGCAGGAGAGGAGGACAGCACGGCUCCGUACAAGGGCGUCCUGGACGCCUCCCUGGAGCUGUUCAAGUUCACCAUCGGCAUGGGCGAGCUGGCCUUCCAGGACCAGCUGCGCUUCCGCGGCGUGGUGCUGCUGCUGCUGCUGGCCUACGUGCUCCUCACCUACGUCCUGCUGCUCAACAUGCUCAUCGCACUCAUGAGCGAGACCGUCAACAGCGUCGCCACCGACAGCUGGAGCAUCUGGAAGCUGCAGAAAGCCAUCGCAGUCCUGGAGAUGGAGAAUGGCUACUGGUGGUGCAGGAGGAAGAGGCAGCGGGCAGGCGUGAGACUGACAGUUGGCACCAGGCCGGACGGUAGCCCCGACGAACGCUGGUGCUUCAGGUGCCAUGAAGAACCCGGCCCUGGCCUCCCAAUCCAGCCAGGACAGCGCGGUGGAGGAAGACCACGUGCCCCUUCAGCUCUUGGAGUCCCACUGAUGCAGCGGGAGGCUGGCAGGACUGAGCAAGGACUCUUUCCAGCCCCACCUGCUGGCUCUGGGGCCCCAGGGGACCUAGGUGGCAAAAAUAAAUACGUUCUUGUGGCUAACUCUCCUGGACACAUUCGUUGAGUAAAGGUACUGGGCCGCUGGGCGUCUGCACGUCUCUGUGGGCCCACGUCUGCGUCUGCGGCCGGGCUGCCCCCGCCCUCGAGGGGCACAGGGACCCUCCCCUGCCGCCCCCCAGCUGCCCUCUUGGGGGUGCAGGCAGCCGGCCGAGGCGCUGUGCCCGCUGUCACCGCAGAUGCCAGAUGCUGGA